UGUCAGUUCUUCAUUUCCGGUGCAUCCAAUCAGAUGUCCUCUACAUCGCGUGAGUUGCGGUUUUGUGUGUAGUUCUUGUAUGCAGAUUUUAUGGAAUGAUUUUUGAAGUGCAGUAUCAAUGAAGAGUUAAGCAGUGGUGUUUAAUAGUUUUAUUGGAACAUUUGCAUUAUUUUAUACAUUUUGUACUGUAAUCACCAAGGAUAACCAGUAAUCAUAUUUAAGAUUCGAAAUGAAACGGGAAAACGAAGAAAACCAGGAUAGUGAUCAGCACCACGAUGGUAGUGAUAACGCAGAUACAUCUGACAAAAAGCCGAUGAACAAACGUUCCCGGAAAGACGAAGAAGAAGUUCGUCUGUUGAUUCCUAGCAAGAUGGCCGGAGCUAUUAUUGGAAAAGCUGGACAUAACAUCCAAAAGCUGCGUACAGAGUACCAAGCUCAAGUGAAUGUAGGCGACUGUACAGGCCCCGAACGUGUGCUCACCAUCGGCGGCGACAUGGAAACAAUUACCAAUGUGGUUAAGGACGUCAUGAAACAUCUGGAUAAGGCUGGAGAAAAUGAGUAUGAACUCAGAAUUUUGGUUCACCAGAGCCUUGCAGGAUGUGUCAUCGGCCGAGGCGGCACCAAAAUCAAAGAGCUGAAAGACCAAAUUGGAUGCAGACUGAAGAUUUUCUCCAACAUUGCGCCACAGAGCACUGACCGUAUCGCGCAAGUUAUUGGAACCGAAGACCAAUGUCUGACGGCCUUGAACGAUAUCAUCGGACUGAUCCAGGGAACGCCAAUUAAGGGUCCAGUCCAUAACUACGAUCCUCAUAAUUAUGACGAUAUGUACGCAGAUGAAUACGGUGGAUACGGAAUUGGCGGAGGUGGCGGCGGCAACUUCCGCAAUGGUCGCAACGCUGGUGACAAUGCAGGAGGAAAUGCAGGUGGAUUCGAUCGUCGUGAACGUUUCGAUGAUAGAGGCCGAGGAGGACGAGGAUAUGAUCGAGGAAACGAUCGUAAUCGUGGCACCAUGAGAGAACGAGAAUUCAUAAAUCCAUGGGCACCCAACGUCAAUGGCAAUCAAAUGGGAGGCAACGCUUUUGGAGGAGGCGGUGGCCUUGGAAUGGGAGGUAUGGGAGCAAUGAACUUGGGAGGAACAGGAGGAAAUAUGGGCAAUAUGCCUAAUAUGGGAAACAUGGGAAAUAUGGGCAAUAUGGGCAGCAUGGGUAAUGGAAGCAUGGGCAGUUUUGGUGGGCAAACCACAACUAUGGAUAACAAAACAUCCACCCAAGUUACGAUUCCUAAAGAUUUAGCUGGUGCAAUCAUUGGAAAAGGCGGUGGUAGAAUUCGAAGAAUUCGAAAUGAAUCAAACGCUUUUAUCCAGAUUGAUGAAGCUUUGCCGGGAUCAACUGAUCGUAUCAUCACGAUUACAGGAUCACAAAAGGAAAUUCAAGCUGCCCAGUACAUGUUACAACAAAGUGUGCGUGAAAAUCUUGCCGGAGGUGGAGGCGGUAGCGGUGGUGGUGGAUUCAACCGCAAUUGAAUGCAUUUAAUUUGCUCUACGCAUACAUUACCCAUUUAGUCUGUAUAAGACACAUGUUUAGCUGUAAGUCCAUAGCUACAGUGGCGAAAUAUCAAAUUACACCAACAUGGGAUCGCGACAUUAAACCGAUUGAAUUUCUGAUGUAUUAUGUCGGUUUAGUUCAGUGCAAAGUCUUAUGAUUAUAUGAUUUGAUUUUAUUCGCCACUGUACAUGACCAAGUAAAAGCCACCGGCUCAGAAACGAAUCCAAGAAAUAGUUGAGCUACAGAAUACGUGUAUAAUGAGAUCAGUUUGUGACCCUUCUAGCCGUAACAAUAACAAUCGAUUCAUUUUCUGUUUAAAAAUGUCUACCAAUUUUUACAUCGACAUAACUGAUUCGUUAGCAAAGAGACAAAAGUAUUGUAUUAUUUUAUCCUGUUUUAUACAUCCUUUUGGCAACAUAAAGUUGAAUAUUUCUAAUAAAACUACUGAUAAUAAUCCCUAUUUGUGAUGGGCCAAUCAUACAUAUGUGUGGAUGUAUAAGUUACAUUCUCUAUUUGUAAUACAAAUGUUUUAACGCAAAAUAUAUCUUAGUGCAACCACGUUUGUCCAGUACAAAAUUUAAAGCAUAAGAUCGGACAUAUAAACGCCACGCGUGCGUUGCGUAAAGUACCAAAGGACAAACACGGGAAAUAGUGGAGUAACUGAUUGGACACGAUAUUUGUUUGAAUCAUUCAUCAACAUAUGGCAGGUAUUUUAAGUAGCCGUUCAAAAUAAAACGAAAUGUUACGGUAUUGUGAGAUGGGUGAUGAUUUAACUGAAAGAUUGAUUUUCCGCCUUGAGUUCAAUAAAAGAAUAAAUCACUUAUAAA